UCUGAAACGUCACAUUUCAAUGGCGAUUUCGCGAAUAUUCCCAGUGAAUUGUGAAAUAAAAUGAUUUUGUAGUGAUAAGAGAUGCCGUGUGAAAAUUGCAGUGCUCAAUUUUCCGUCUUCAAGAUUAAGCGCUCCUGCUCAGAGUGCAGACGAUUGUACUGCAAACAAUGCCUGGCGAAGAAGAAGGAUAGAUUUCUGUGCGGACGGUGUGUUAUCCUCACCACCAGGCCUCUGUCGAGGGUGGAUCUGCUGCAGCUGAAGCCCAAGGACCUAAUCUUCUACUGUCAGAGCAAGCACAUCUCCACCAUUGGCUGCGUGGAGAAGGAAGAGCUCGUGGAUUUGGUGCUAGCGCAUGGUAAUUCCACGCAAGAUGGUCACACGAGGAGUAGAGCUUCUGGCGAAGCCAGUGACGAAGACAACUGCACGAAUCCCUUUGAUCAGAUCAAGCAAACGUGCCAGAACUUCUUCAACACUGUAGCUGAGAAGAUCAACAAUGACUUUAACUUCGACCUAAAAACCUCCUCAUCCUUCUCGCCACGGCAGCCAGCUAGUGGGGCGGCCACACCUCGUCAGAGCGCCCCAACAGCACCCAUUGUCAACGAUGUUCGCGGCAGAGCAUCGCCAGCCUCGGAAGUUUUCUCCUCCAGCUACACUUCUAGUCAACCAGCAAGUUCUUCGGCCUCCCUCACGUCCGAGAACAGCCGCAGGGGCGCCCCGAAGGCGCCAGGACACGCCAGGAGCUGCAGCGUGGACAAAGCGAAGGAGGAGCUCAGUGAUUUGCAUGAGUUCGAGAUCAUCCAGUCCACCACCGAUCUCACACCUGAUGCCGGGCCCAGCCGAGACAGCGAGCUGAGGCCCAAGGCGACGACCGGAGGGAAUUCAGACAGCUCGUCGUCGUUCGAGGAAUUGGGAGCCGUGGGCGGAAGUGAUUCAUUCAGUGCUGUGACCAAUAAUGAUAAGAGCAACUCGGAGACGCUGCAGAUCAGCAACGAGAUGGAUGGCCAGAUGACAUCGUCCAGUGAGGGUGUUCAAGAGGCUGCAAAUGCGAGGAACUUUGCUAUUUUCACCACGAGAAGUCAUCCCAGCAGCGAAGGCAUGUCCCUCUCCGCCAGUGUCGAUUCCACGCCUGUCCAUCGCUCACGGAGACUCGUAAGACGACGCUCUGACAGUUUCAUAAUCGACACAGGCCUACUGGAGCGUGACAUUUCUCUGUUCCUCGAGGAGGAGACGCUCAGGAAGCGCUCCAGGACAUCAUCGCAGCGCGGUGAACGUGACAGAGAAGUGCUACGAGGGCGACUGGAACAGUUCAAGAGCGAAAUGGCGGCUCUCGGACUCAGUGAUGCGACAAUUCAGGAACAAUUGGACGCCGUACUGAAAUAUUUGGAAGAGAGACGAAUGUCCACGACAAUGCAGCCGUCAACGUCAUCAGCCGCUCAUCCUCCGGCCAUGACGGCGGAUUUUUUGGUGUUUACCAAUGACAACGACGGGAUCAAUGUGUAUCCCAUGGGGGAAUCUGAGGGAUUCGACGGCAUUCCAGUGAUCAAUGUGGAGAAGCAGGACAGUUCUAGCGAAGUUAGGACCAGGAAGUACAUAAGACUAGAUGACAUCACCUCAAGUGCUGAACUGGAGAAGUUGUCAGUGAAGCAACUCAAGGAGAUUUUGAUGCUGAAUCGUGUCGACUUCAAGGGAUGCUGUGAGAAGAAUGAACUUCUAGAGCGCGUGAUGCGAUUGUGGAAUGACCAUCGAACGUAUCCAUCUGCGGACAAGUUGCAACCGGACGAUUUGUGCAAAAUCUGCAUGGAUGCGCCGAUCGAGUGCGUGAUCCUCGAGUGUGGACACAUGGCGACGUGCACGAAUUGUGGCAAAAUUCUUCACGAGUGUCCCAUUUGCCGACAAUACAUUGUUCGAGUUGUUAGAUUUUUCAAGGCGUAGAAGCACAGCAA